CAUUAUGAGGAGGUUGCGAAUGUGUCGUUGCCGGGGAAUUUUGUGGAUUUGGUCGAGGGGCAAGAAUUUGAGAGUAAUUUGGAUUUGCACGAGAUGUAUUUGACGGAGAAGGGGACGAUUUUGGCGUUGGGGAAUAAUGUGACCCGGAUGGAUUUGAGGAGUGUGGGCGGGGAGGAGGAGGGGUGGGUUGUGGAGGCGCAGGUGUAUGAGAUUGAUGUGGAAACGAAUGAGAUUUUGUUUUGCUGGAAGAGUUUGGAUCAUCUCGACGAGUUGCCGUUGAGUGCGAGUGUCUAUCCGCUGGGGAGUGAAGGUUAUGAUGGAUCGGCGCAGAGCAAAGCUUGGGGCUACUUCCACAUCAACUCCGUCGCUCCCCUCGGUGACGGCUACAUUCUCAGCUCGCGAUACCUCUCCAGCGCCAUCGCCCUCGACAGAUCCGGAAACGUCCUCUGGCGAGUCCAAGGCAUCGAUGGGAAUGGCUUCACGUUGGGUCCCGACGCGGAUUUCCGCUAUCAACACUACAUCCGAGCCAUUGAGCAGACGAGCAACCCGGACCACAUCAUCACCAUCAGCCUGCACGACAACCACAACUGUCCCAUUGACAACAACACCGUCCCCGCCUCGGGCAAAUUCCUCCACAUCGACCUCCAAACAAAACACGUCUCCCUCCUCCCCAACCACCCCCGAUUUCUCAACUCCUCCGGCCCCAUUUUUCCCACUUCCCAAGGAUCUUUCGAACGCGUCGGAGGACGAUUUACCCCCAAUACAACUUCUCUUCACAACAACAACGAUCAAACUGAAACCAAUUACCUCUCCUGCCACGGCGGCAUCCCCGUUCUCGAAGAAUUCUCCCCUCAAGGUCAAAUCCUCGCCACGUACCAAGUCGGCUACGCCACCCAACGCCCUGGAGGAGGUUUCUUCACUGUAGGAAGAGAUACCAUUUCCUAUCGUGGUUUCAAACAGACGUGGGUCGGAUGUCCGAGGUCGAGGCCGAAGGUUGUUGUGGAAGUUUCUAAUGGUGGUGGUGGUUAUGGGACGAAGCAGAAGCAGAAGCAGAAGCAGAAGAUGAAGAAUGAGAAGAAGAAGACGACGACGAAAGUUUAUGUGAGUUGGAAUGGAGCGACGGAGGUGGAGGGGUGGGAGGUGUUUGGGGGGAUGGAGAGGGGGGAUGUGAAGAGGUAUUUGAAAACGGUGGAGAACGGGGGGUUUGAGACGGUGGUAGAGUUGGAGGAAGAGGAUGUGAAGUUUGUGAAGUUGAGGGCUGUGUUGAAGAAAGAUAGUCAGUCGUCGUCGUCGUCAUCGUCGUCGUAUGGUGGCAAAGGAAAGGGUUGCGAGGUUGUGGAAAGUGAGGUUGUUGCUAUCUCAUCGCAGUAGAUGACGAUCAAGUCUGGAUAUACAGGAUAGAAUAGAAAAUGUCCUGUCGAUCUUUUCCGGCCAUGUGAGACAGAGAGAGAGAGAGAGAGAGGAAUCGACAGAAAAUCGUAGAACAAA